AUGAUCGAGAAGUCGUUUUGGAUCAAUGUGGAAGAGGAGAAGUUUGCCAAUGACGAAAUAUUGAGAGAGUUGGAUGAAAAGUUUUUCCCGGUUACUAAGCUGAAACCAGAAAAUGAAGAGAAAAAGCGCCUUUCUGUCCUUAAACUUUUUAUAGCUGCUUCAUUUUGGGUUAUAUUUGUUGUCACUAAUGGAAAACUCCUAUCGCCAAAGAAAUCUAAUCAGGAUGAUAGUGCCAGAGUUAAAGAGCUCCAAAGACAACUGGGAGAGGCUCUACAAGCUAAAGUGGAAAUAGAAGCUAAACUUAACACAUUAAAAUCAGCAAUACCUCCUGCACCUCCAAUGCAGGAAUCAUCAAGCAUACCUUCACCACCUCCGCUUCCCAUACUAGUACCUCCCCCUAUGGAUGGCAUUCCACCUUUGGCUCCAGGAAUGGCUUCAGCAGUGCCCUUACCACCAAGCUGGCCAAAUGAGAGUCAAAACAUUCCGUAUGGUCUUAAGCCAAAGAAAAAGUGGAAUACACCAGUACCGCUGAAAAAAGCGAAUUGGAUAACAAUCCCUCCUCGAAAAAUGAUCGAGAAGUCGUUUUGGAUCAAUGUGGAAGAGGAGAAGUUUGCCAAUGACGAAAUAUUGAGAGAGUUGGAUGAAAAGUUUUUCCCGGUUACUAAGCUGAAACCAGAAAAUGAAGAGAAAAAGCGCCUUUCUGUCCUUAAACUUUUUAUAGCUGCUUCAUUUUGGGUUAUAUUUGUUGUCACUAAUGGAAAACUCCUAUCGCCAAAGAAAUCUAAUCAGGAUGAUAGUGCCAGAGUUAAAGAGCUCCAAAGACAACUGGGAGAGGCUCUACAAGCUAAAGUGGAAAUAGAAGCUAAACUUAACACAUUAAAAUCAGCAAUACCUCCUGCACCUCCAAUGCAGGAAUCAUCAAGCAUACCUUCACCACCUCCGCUUCCCAUACUAGUACCUCCCCCUAUGGAUGGCAUUCCACCUUUGGCUCCAGGAAUGGCUUCAGCAGUGCCCUUACCACCAAGCUGGCCAAAUGAGAGUCAAAACAUUCCGUAUGGUCUUAAGCCAAAGAAAAAGUGGAAUACACCAGUACCGCUGAAAAAAGCGAAUUGGAUAACAAUCCCUCCUCGAAAAAUGAUCGAGAAGUCGUUUUGGAUCAAUGUGGAAGAGGAGAAGUUUGCCAAUGACGAAAUAUUGAGAGAGUUGGAUGAAAAGUUUUUCCCGGUUACUAAGCUGAAACCAGAAAAUGAAGAGAAAAAGCGCCUUUCUGUCCUUAAACUUUUUAUAGCUGCUUCAUUUUGGGUUAUAUUUGUUGUCACUAAUGGAAAACUCCUAUCGCCAAAGAAAUCUAAUCAGGAUGAUAGUGCCAGAGUUAAAGAGCUCCAAAGACAACUGGGAGAGGCUCUACAAGCUAAAGUGGAAAUAGAAGCUAAACUUAACACAUUAAAAUCAGCAAUACCUCCUGCACCUCCAAUGCAGGAAUCAUCAAGCAUACCUUCACCACCUCCGCUUCCCAUACUAGUACCUCCCCCUAUGGAUGGCAUUCCACCUUUGGCUCCAGGAAUGGCUUCAGCAGUGCCCUUACCACCAAGCUGGCCAAAUGAGAGUCAAAACAUUCCGUAUGGUCUUAAGCCAAAGAAAAAGUGGAAUACACCAGUACCGCUGAAAAAAGCGAAUUGGAUAACAAUCCCUCCUCGAAAAAUGAUCGAGAAGUCGUUUUGGAUCAAUGUGGAAGAGGAGAAGUUUGCCAAUGACGAAAUAUUGAGAGAGUUGGAUGAAAAGUUUUUCCCGGUUACUAAGCUGAAACCAGAAAAUGAAGAGAAAAAGCGCCUUUCUGUCCUUAAACUUUUUAUAGCUGCUUCAUUUUGGGUUAUACCCAGCAAACACUGGGAGGUAACUGUGAAGUACCAUGGAAGUAACUUUGCAACUAAAAGCUCGCAUGCGAUGUAUUAA